AUGAAAUAUAACGAAGGAUAUUUAUAUGGAGCAAGUUCUCUCGGACAAAAUUCCGAAUACACUAUGUCUAGUAAAUUUAUUAAAGAAUAUUUACAGCUUGAUGAAUCACUAUUUAGUUAUCAAGAUAAUUGCUAUUAUCUUUCCAAUUAUUGUCAUAUUGAAAAUCGCGGUGGACAUCGAUACUUGAGACCAUCCAAAUCCUCAAAAUUCGUGUUGAAGCAAGGACAACAUUUAUUUUACAAUUAUGAAUGGACAUACAGUUAUCAUGGAACUAACCCAAAUAGCAUCAAAAGUAUUCUUCAAUAUGGUUUAAAGAAACCCGGAUCCUUUGCAGGCAAUAAAAAAGUUGAGUCAGUGCACGGGGCAAUGUAUGGGGCUGGAAUUUACACGUCAAAGAUUCCAUUGUAUUCUCAGUUGUACGCGCCGAUGACCAAAUGGGGAGAUAAAUAUUAUCAAACGAUUUUAAUGGUGCGACAAAAGCCAAAUUCCAUUGAUACUCAAGAGGGCGAAGGCACAUAUACGAAUAGCUUGCUUGGAAGCACAGACAUUCAUAAGUUAUACAAGGGGAAGAUUUCGCCGGAUGAAAUGCAGUAUAUUUGCUUCGAUGAAAGUUCUUGUGUACUACACGCCUUAUUGAUCAAAGUUCAUGAUAAUUGUGAUGGUGAAUAUCGCAAAAUUCUCAAAGUUAUAAAUAAAUUCUAG